GGCUGGCAUUUGCACUAAAUCUGUGGAGAUUUCAAUUCUCUCAAGUACUGCGUGAGCCUCUACCUCAGUGGCACGUCGCCGCUGUGAGAUCCUUUCCUGGCUAGUGUAGAGAACCAAUCCCCUACAGUCUCUAUGAACUACGCUGAUGGCUGCAUCUCCAGAUUCAGUAAAAAAAGCCCCUUUUCGCCCAGCCCUCUGCGGGUGCAGUCCACCCUUUCGGCAUUGUAUCAGCAGUGAAUCUCCGUUGCGCGAUGACUUCUUCAGUGAACAUUGGCUUUGCCCUUGCCAUCUGCCCGUUGUCGGACGGGCAACAGUUCCGCGCUGUAGCAUAAGAGGAACUCCACCGAUUCCUUAACUGAGGCUUCUCCUUUAUCAUGUAUCGCAUCAUUCCUCUCAACAUGAUCGUAUAUUAUACUCUGGUGAUGCUUGCAUAAUCUUGUUUCUUCAAAAAAAAAAAUAUGUGCGCUUCUUUUUUUUGGCGGCAUGGUAUGUGGUAUUGAGUUUGUUCGAAUCAAUGUUCCCUGGAAGAAACACUCGAGUCGGUCUUGAGUAGACUCCUUGGUCCGUACGUCCUGUCCUAGACAGAGUCUAGCAGGAUACCUAGACGGAUCGGCUAACAAACAGACGUGGGUGCAGACGGGCUGUUUCACCCUCCGUGAUUUUAGGAUCCUGAUGUUACAAAUCUCCACGUCAGCGCGUAAGUUUUGCCAGGGAACACAAAGAGAUCGAUGGCGUCGCCGGCGAUCCGCUCCGCGGGAGCGCUCCGCCACCGGCUUCCGCGUCUCCUCUCCUCCGCCACCACCCGCUCCCCCUCAUACUCCACCAAGGUCAAAGGGCGUCGAUUUGACAAGGAGACACUGGCUAGCGCGAAGAGGCUCGAGGAGGGUGCCAAUUCCAGGGAACAGCACACCAAGGGCGAGGAGGAACAGUAUGCCAAGAUAGACUCGCCUGCUUGGAUUUCGCUCUCAAAGAAGUGUUGGACUUCCAUACACAUCGGAGGCAGAGAUCUGGAGAUGACGGGUGCAGUUUCGUUCCUAUGGGAUAUAGCAGACAAGAUUAUGGACUCCAAGUAGCAAGGUGUAUACAUGCUUUCUUGUUUUCAUUAACAGUUCGAUGAAGCUUAACUACAAUGGCCGCCAAAUUAAUUAAGCAUUUGCGCUGCACUCUCCCUCUCGCCAAGGUGUCGGUUGAGGGGUGGAGGUUUGGCUGACAUCGACAUGUUCAUUUUUUCGAUAAUGGAUGAUUUUAUUACUCAGAAAAUAUUACACCCGUCCUGCAUAGGUAGGAUGCACAUAACAACAAGAUGCUAUGUAGUACAAAGAUUUUUCGACAUGUUCAUACUAUGUAGUACAAAGAUUGAUUGAUUACCCGCAAAAAAAAGAUAUGAUUGAUACAUGUCAGUUUCAUCAGCAACAAAAUGUUUUAUUUAAGGAUGAGACGGCCGUUUGUUGAUGACACCAUGUAUAUUCUAGAGAAGUACAUGUUGUUCGUUGGGACAUCAAAAUAUCAAAUGCUGCUAGUAACACAUUAGCGGAUGACAUUUGUGUGUUGGCCGUGAUCUCCUUUUGUUGAGAAAUACUUUAGGAUGUCCAUGUUUAAAAAUAAAAUAGGGUUUGUGGUACGGUCUAUCCCCUUCCCUAUGCGCUCUUUGGUGCUGCCGCUUACAAUUC